AUGCCCCUCACCCACUCGACUUUCGCGGGUCCGGCCGUCAGGCCCGGCAGAUCCCCAAUCGACUCUAAUUUCUUAUGUGGAUAUCACGUCCGCCCUCGCUUAUACAAUAGGGCCUUCCACUUGGUUCAUAUCAGGCCUCCGCAACCGCUAUUACGAUCACGUCUCAGGAACUUUCAGGGACUUCACUUUACUCUCCGCAAUUCUGCUGCUCUCGGCCUCUGCUGUUCGUCACUCUCUGCGACUCUCUUGCCACUGCUAACAACUCUACCUUUCGUAGCCCAAACCCCUGCUUAUAUCGAAGAUUGGUGGGAUUAUUAUUUCGAGGGUCCCCAUAUAUCGGGUGGCGCAUAUUCUCUCUCUCUCUCUCUCUCUCUCUCUCUCUCUCUCUGGUAUUCCCCCUACCUUGGGGUUAGCUUCUACAUUGGCCUAGCGUGGCAAACCUCAAUGAGUUUCUGCACGUGUUAUCUAUCUAAGCCUAAUCCAAACUUAAGUCCCAAACUACCAAGCUGCGAUCCUGCACGACAGUCAUACCAAGGACGAACUGACUACACCAGCGCCGUCCGCGUCGAUCCUCUCUCUCCUCGAGCGCCGACGCGCUCUUUACACAAGUACAGACAUCCGGCGAUCGACUGGACCUCGAACACCGCUGUUCCAUCGGCCUACCUCCAAGCCUUGAAACCUGGCAACGCUCCUUCAAAACUACACGACCGAACUACCACAAACGAUUAUCUAAAACUUGAGUUCACUUCCUCUCUUAUUACAACAGCAAGCGGACACUUUCACUCUUACUGCUACUCUCUCUCUCUCUCUCUCUCUCUCUCUCUCUCUCUCUCUCUGGUCGUCUGCUUGUCAACUCACAUCACACAGCUCCAAUUCCAACUUCGACUACAACUUCGACUGUUUGUGUUCGCACAAACACGCGUUUAA